CUUAAAUCCGGGAAUCCACAGUGUAUAAAACCUCACGAUGUGGACGGGUUGAGAGCAAUUGUCAAAUACAUCUCAAUCUCACCUCAGACUUCACCUCGUCAUCCUAAGCAAACAAGCAAAAUGUCCUCCUCCGUCGCCCCGCAAAACAAGAACCGCAUCAUUUUGGGAUGUAUGACCUUCGGCCCGACCGCCGAACACGGCGCCCGCAUCACCGACAUCCCCAGCACCACCGCUCUAUUCAAAAAAUUUAUCUCAGCCGGGUACUCCGAGAUUGACACGGCGCGCGUGUACAUCGGAGGGGCGCAGGAGGCGUUCACCUACCAGGCGGGGUACCAAGACCUGAACCUGAAGAUCGCGACGAAAUGCUACCCAAUGGGGACGUACACGCACACGGCGGCGUCGCUGCGGGGGUCUCUCGAAACCUCGCUCGCGGAGCUGCAGACGCCAUGCGUCGACAUCUUCUACCUGCACGCGGCGGACCGCCGCGUGCCGUUCGAAGAGACCCUGCAGUGCUGCGAUGAAAUGUACCGCGAGGGGAAGUUCCGCCAGCUAGGUGUAUCGAACUACACUGCGUAUGAGCUCGCCGAGGUCGUCACGCUGUGCCGCGAGCGCGGUUGGGUCCGCCCCACUGUCUACCAGGGCAUGUAUAACUUCAUCACGCGCGGGAUUGAGCGCGAGCUGGUGCCUGCGUGCAGGCGCUACGGCCUCGACAUUGUCGUGUACAACCCCGUCGCUGGAGGGCUGCUGUCGUCGAAGUUUGAGGGCAUCGCGGCGGCGCACGAGAAGAGCGCCGCGCCGGUGGAGGGCCGCUACUCGGAUUCGGGGCCGACGGGCGGGAUCUACCGCGGCAGGUACUUCCGCGACCCCGUGCUCGACGCCAUCAAGGGCGUGAAGGAGGCGGCGGAUGCGCACGGCAUCACGCUGCUGGAGACCGCGCUGAGAUGGCUGGUGCACCAUUCCGCGCUGAAGAUGGGCGACAGCGGGAAUGAUGGCAUUCUCAUCGGAGUAAGCUCCAUGCAGCAGUUGGAGGAGAACAUCAAGGAACUCGAGAAGGGGCCGCUGCCAGAGGAGGUCCUGCAGGCGCUCGAGAAGGCGUGGGAGAAUGCCAGGGGGAGCGCUACAGAUUAUUGGCACGGAACACUCGAGUACCAAUAUGAGUGGAGCAAGGAGAAAUUGUAGGAUCCAAGCAGGCGAAAAGGAAUUGUCUCCGGAGAGCAGGCUUCAUGCAAGCUCAUGUCAAUAUAAAAUGUUACGAAUUUGGGCUUUAUUCGUUAUAUAUUCAUGGGAAAAUUUAUCGCGGUAUUCAUCCAGUGAUUCAGUAAAAUUAUGUGUUGCAAGCGUUAAUGGUGGUGGUGAUGGCGAUGGUGGUGGUGGUGAUGGUGGUUGGUGAUGGUGGUUGGUGAUGGUGGUUGGUGAUGGU